CAAAAGCAGCCAGGAGCAACUUUCUUGCUAACUUUGGGAAAGAAUUAAAAAAUGCUGAAAGCUGCACAUGAUUCUGCUGUGGAGCAGGAGGACUCUGMUUCCCGGCAUGGAGAAAUUACAAGCUGGGAUAUCAAUGACAUCAAACUUCCCCAGGAUGUAAGCCAGACAGACUGGUUUCAAGAAUGGCCAGAUUCCUAUGUAAAACAUAUCUAUAGCUCKGAGGAUAAAAAUGCUCAGAGGCACCACAGCAGCUGGGCAAUGAGAAACACCAACAACCACAACUCUCGCAUCUUAAAAAAGUCCUGCCUUGGGGUGGUGGUUUGUGGUAACAACUGCUCGACCUUGGAUGGGAGGAAGAUCUACCUCAGACCAGCCAUAUGUGAUAAAGCCAGGCAAAAACAGCAGCGGAAAUGCUGUCCAAACUGCAAUGGACCRCUGCGACUCCUUUCCUGCCGAGGUCAUGGUGGUUACCCAGUUACCAACUUCUGGAGACAUGAAGGCCAAUUCAUAUUUUUCCAGUCCAAAGGAGCUCAUGACCACCCACGUCCAGAAACAAAAUUAGAAGCAGAAGCAAGAAGAUCAAUCCAAAAAGCAAAGACAGCAUUUUCUCCACCUUCUCCAAGAUUAAAAAGAAUCCAGGAGAUUGAGUCUCUGACAGGUGCAAUGCCGACACAGGAGCCUUUGCCUUCGAUUCUCUCCAAGCCGGAAUCUCAGGCGCCACCUGUUAAUUUCAUGGGAUGUUUCAACAAAAGCUGCCCGGAGCCGACCCCGAGCAGCUGCUCUGAGCGGCUGCCACAGCCAAGGACAGCCGGGGAGGACAGAGCCGGAGAUGUCCCAGCCUGGAGCCGCCUGUCCCUCGGGAGGGUCCCCGGUGCCCACAGGCCGUGCGGUGUCCCUGCUGUGCCCUGCACCGCCCYUUCCCCUCAGCGCUGCGCCCGAAUCAGCGCCCAGCACGUCCUGCCCGUGGCUAAGCGUGCUCAUGAUCCCUUCAGGUCAGGUGGUCAUGACUCUCUUCAGGGUGAUGGAUCCUGUGGGGAAAAGUCCCCCCUGACCUGCAGCGGCAGCUGCCUCUCUGCGCCGCCAUUCCCCGCGCCUCAGGGCGGCCCGUGCCCCAUGGCGGCCGGGACACAGCCCCUCCGACAGCUCUCGGCGCCUCCRAGGGGAUGCGAGGGAGACAGGGGUGGGGGAAGGCACCAGGUGUGCCUCGACUACUGCAACAACGACAUGUUUUUGAACCUGUACCCACUGCGGUGA